UCUCUACUGUAGAAUACUUGUGUGUGUGGGUGCCGGCGGCCGCCGGCGAGGCGUCCUGGCCCCCGCUUCUUGCUCCAAGCGCGCCCCGGCCCCGCCACCUCAAGCCAGACUAACAAGCGCCCUUCAGAGAAGUUACCAGAAAGGAAUGAGAUGGAGGAGGAGCACAGCGGCGGGGUGCGGCGGAGGUGGCUCGUCGACGUCGCCCGCUGGCACCCCUCCCCCGCGCAGUUCCAAGCCGCGGCUGCCCUCCUGCCGCCGCACCACCGCCAUGCCAUCGCCAGGUUCGUCAAAGAGGAAGACAGGAAACGAGCGCUCAUCAGCCGGCUGCUCCAGUACUCGCUUGUGCACCGUGUUCUUGGCAUCCCAAUCCACCAAAUCGACAUACGCCGAACAAUUGAAGGGAAGCCGUAUCUGGAGAAUGGCCCUCCGGCCUUCAGAAACUUCAAUUUCAACACGUCGCAUCAGGGUGACUACGUCAGCAUAGCAUCAGAGCUGCUUUGCCUUGUUGGCCUUGAUAUUGUGUGCAUCUCUAAGCCUCAGGGAGAAACCACCGUGGAAUUCCUUAAGAACUUCUCUUCAUACCUCACAGUCCAUGAGUGGGACUGCAUUGGUCGCGCUGCCGGUUCCAUUGGGAUGUUAGCAGAGUUCUACAGGUACUGGUGUCUCAAAGAAGCAUUUGUUAAAGCUGUAGGCGCUGGGGUUGGAUUUGGGCUGCAUCGCUUGGAAUUUCACCAUGUUGAAUGGAGUAAUAUCUCUGUCUACAUUGACGGGAUAAAGUCUAAGAAAUGGAGGUUCUGCCUUUUCAAGCUUGAUGAAAUGCAUUUGGCGUCCAUAGCGAAAGGGCAUCCGGAGGAUGCUAUACACAGCUUCAAGACAACAUUGUCUAAUGUGGUUGUUGAGGAAGAAGAAUUUUAUGCUGCACUAGAGAUCCCAGAAGAAACUUUCACUCUACAGACAGUGGAGCAACUUACACAAUUAUACUCUUAGCUGGCUAGCUUCCUUAAAUUGUGCAGUAACACACUAGUGCAGGAUUAUAUCAAGAGAUGAAACGCCUCAGGCUUAUUAAUUUCCAGUUGUAAACUACUGCAGGAAUGAAUAAAGAGAUGGCAUAUAUGCAUGAAGGUGUCAAAUAAGUGGAUUACAUCGAGCAGAUAAAAAAUCUUGAAACUAGAAAGAUAGAUGUAUACCUGCUACAUGUAAGCCAAUUUUUAUUCAGAACAAGGAUGGAUGAUUUAUGCUCAGAGCUUUUACCAGAAUGAUUUAUUAGGAUUUUUUUCCCACUGGAUAUUUCGGCCGUAUACAGCUAUCUUAUUUGGAUUUCAGAGGCCUCUCAAGGUUGAAACAUUCUGCAUGGCUGCUUCCAGGUGAUAGAGAUCCGAGGCGUGGAGGAUUAUUCUGUAAAUUAUGUAGAGAUCUUGAAUCAUCAGGACAGAUAAUGUUUUAGUUGCCUUUUGGUAAAAUUUCAUUGAUGUGUCUAUUGAGAUUGAAAA